CACCAGCUGUGUAUCUCCUCUAGCAUAGAGCAGCGUGAGAAACCCUGGACAGAAACUCAUUAAUGUUACAGACCUCGUUCAUCUAUGCCUCUGAAGGACCAGUCCAACUCCACCGCCAUGAAACCAGCCGUGGAUGAGAUGUUUCCCGAAGGCGCUGGACCCUACGUGGACCUGGACGAGGCUGGGGGAAGCACAGGACUGCUCAUGGACCUGGCUGCCAGCGAGAAGGCAGUUCACGCAGACUUCUUCAACGAUUUUGAAGAUCUGUUUGACGACGAUGACAUCCAGUGAAGGAUUAAAGACAUGUCCUCAGAGCAGUGAUGGAUGAUAUUCACACUCCAGCUCCACACCACUUUUUUUUUGUGGAAAGCAAACCGGCCAUUUACUGUCUAAUGACAUACAAUUUCCCUUCAUAGUUGUCCUAGUUUCAGGCUUUUUUAAAAACAUCCUUAAAGAGUCGUCACCAUCUCCAGAUGUUGUGAAAUUCUUAAGAUCCCAAGAAUUCCUUCAUAUAUGGCAUGUUCAAAUUAUGAGCUUGUAUCGUGCUCGUGUCUUCGGCUCCUUCUAGACUGGAUUGCAGGUUUCUGUGUGCUGGAGAACACCUGUUAGGAACAUAAUUAUACAUGUGAUGGGCAGAGGCUCCAUACGCUGUCGCCCUUAAACAUGCUGCAGAUGGUAUAUGAUAAGUGAUGGUCUGGUAAAAUUGUUAAAUUAUUCUGUGAGACCGUGUGCGAUAGUCACAUACAUUCUGUGCAUUUGGUUGUUAGAACAGUGUCUUCUGUUGCGUUAUCCAUUUGUACAUAUGUGUACAGUCGUUACGCAACCACACUUCUGUGCUUGUAUUGGAAGUGACUGGUUGAAACUCAAUAAACCGAACUUUGGAUUAA